GUCAGAUCCACCAAGUGUUUAUACACGCGUUUGAAAGAUCCCACACCGUUAUUAUCGUUGUCAAACGUAAUAUAUAAGAUACCAUGUUCUUGUGGGAAAUCAUAUAUUGGCCAGACCAAACAGUACCUAAAGUCACGGAUAAGCCAACAUACCAACGAUUGUAAAAACCAGAAUCAGAAUAAACCAAACAAAACAGCGUUAGCUUCACACCAUUUUGAAACUGGACACUCUUUUAUAUUCGAAGAUGUCACAGUGCUAGAUCGGGAGGCCAAUUGGUUUAAACGCAACGUGGGGGAGAUGAUCCAAAUAAACUUGGCCGACACUGUCAACCUAAGAAGUGACUGCGCUAAUCUUAGCAUUAUAUAUAGCAACAUACUAAAUAUGUACGCCCGACAAAAUAUUAAAUUCAGGUAGUUUUUUUUUUUUGUUUUAGGUGUAAUUUAAUUUUAUUUAAGAAAUAUUGAUGUUCAAAGUAGAAUAGUUAGUUUGUCCAAUAUUUGUCCAGUUCGUGAGAUUUUUUGAAUUCUCUGUUCAACGGUAUUUUCAUGUUUCUCUUCUUAUGAAAGCGAUGACGGAGGCGCAUUUCUUUUCCGUUCAGAUGUACUAUAAUAAUAAAUAUUCAACAAUAUGAAAUUCAGUAUGAAUUUGACGACGGGAAGGAGUGUGUCGCUGUCACCUGUUUUACCUACAUGUUAUUGCGAUCUUUUUGUCAUGGACUAGAGGAACACAGUUGAAUUCUAGAGCUUGAGAAAGCAACAAUAAAGUUGCGAAACGUCGCUCAUAGAAGAAGUUGGAGUUCUUUGUGAAAUUUAUUCCGAUCCCACGACCACUAUCAAUCUUUAGUUGAAGGAAUACGAUCGACAAAUUACUGAAUUUCAAGAGAUGGGUUUUUUCACUAACAUCAAGCACACAUACGGCAACAGGACACAUUACUUACUGAAAAAGCUAUCAAAUGAGACUAUGAAGCUUGCUUCAAUCAAGAAUAGGCGAAUAUUUCUCCUACAAUGCAGGAGCAGAGGAAUUUUCCCUAAACAUAUCACCAAUAAUAUUGGGUGCUUAUUACUCCUUCAAACAGAAGAUCACCCCUAUAGGAGGAAAGUAGAAAACAUUUCGAUGAUCUUCCGGAGAUCAGUCCUUAAUAUUGAAAUAGAUAUUACAGAAUGGAAGUACAGAAAGCUCUUACGCUCCAUACAUGAACUUAAAGACCUUUUAGAUGGACUCCUGCCACAGGAGAUAUUUUUAAACAUUCUAAGAAUGAACCAAACUAAAUUUGACAAGAAAUUCGAAAUGAUAAAGAGAGGAAAUUUAAAAAAGGUGGAGGAACUGUUGAAUGCCACGGCGAGUUUUCUGAUAAAAGAUAGUAAUAAAUUCAUAUACAACUACACCCAAGCGGUCUUGCCGGAUUCAGUACACAGAAUUUUAUCGUUAGGACCUAAGUUCGGCCUUCCCCUAAAUAUCUCAGAAAUUCCAAUUCAUACCAUAAUAAAGGACCUGGAGUAUUGUAUAUCUAAUCUUGAAAGUGACGAAGAUGAGAGGAAUAGACUGAGAGCGUCCACUACCAACAUUCUGACCAAUUUUUACAGGAGAUACGAAAUGCCCAAAUUCACGAAAAGACUGAUGCAGGAGGUGCAUGAAACCAAACAGUUUCUUAAAACCCACACAGACUUAUUGGUGGGACGGUCAGACAAGGGGAAAUCAACAGUUAUCAUGCUCAAAAAGGACUAUGAAGAGAAAAUUCAAGAAAUGCUUAGUGACAGAAACAUCUAUAAACCAACCUGCAAAGAUCCUACCAUGAAAUAUCAAAAACGUGUGAAUGAGUUUGCAAAAAAGUUGGUAGAGAAUCAGUUUAUAAGUAAAACACUUAGCAAGAAGAUUAUGACUCACAAUUCGGUCCCCCCUAAGAUCUACGGGUUGAGAAAAACACAUAAAGAAAAUUUUGCCUUAAGACCAAUUGUUAGCUGUGUUAACGCCCCUUGUUAUAACUUGGCAACCUUUUUACAUCAGAUACUCUUACCAGUAACAACAACUUUCAAUUACAAGGUGAAGAGUUCAUUUGAGUUUGUGAAGAACUUAAACAAUGUACAGCUGCCUGAUCACUACAAGCUCAUUUCAUUAGAUGUCAUUUCCCUCUUUACAAAUAUUCCAAAAGGGUUAGUUCUGAGCACACUCUCUAAACGAUGGUCUUACAUAUCCGCAUAUACGAACAUUCCAAAGAAGAUAUUUCUAGAAAUGAUCGAGUUUUAUUUCGAUUCGAGUUACUUCAGUUUUGGAGGGAACAUAUAUUUACAGCUAGACGGAAGUGCCAUGGGCAACCCUCUUAGUCCAAUUCUAGCAGAGAUAGCAAUGGAUGAGUUGGUGUCUUCGGUGUUGGCGAACUUGCCUUUUGUUCUUCCCUUCUUCUGGUUAUACGUGGAUGAUUCGAUCACAGCAGUGCCCGAGGAGGAAUUCGAUACCAUCCUAGAUUACUUCAAUGCAUUCAACCCAAAACUUCAGUUUACCAUGGAGACAGAAAGAGAUAAUAAACUAGCCUUUCUAGAUGUUGAAGUACAUAGAAAAGAGUGUGGAACCCUACUUACGAAUUGGUUCACCAAGCCAACUAGCUCGGGCAGAAUUUUAAAUUACCACUCCUACAACCCUAUUGGCCAUAAGUUGAGUACUGUUAAGGGUUUACUUCACAGAAUGAUGAACCUCAGUCACCAUACCUUUCAUGACUCCAAUUUGAGAACUAUUAAAAACAUUCUCAAGAUGAACAAUUACCCGAAUACCUUCGUGAAUAAGUGCUUAAAUUCUUACUUCAGACAACAUAGGGCCUUUAACAACUCAGAAAAGCCUCCGUAUCCACCAAGUGUUUAUACACGCGUUUGA